AUGGCAUUCCGCCUGACCUACCGCCGGCAGUGCCGGUAUAACACCAAGCGCAACAAGCAGCGGGUGGUGAAAACCCCGGGUGGCCGCGCGGUCUUCCAGGUGUUGACGAAGACGGCCAAGGGCCCCCACUGCGGGGACUGCAAGAAGGCCCUCAUCGGGCUUCCCAAGUUGCGGCCUGUGGAGUAUGCCAGGCUCAAGAAGCGCGAGAAGCACGUGACCCGCGCCUACGGUGGCUCGCGCUGCGCCAAGUGCGUGCGCCUCCGCAUCGUGCGGGCCUUCCUCAUCGAGGAGCAGAAAUGCGUGAAGCAGGUCUUGGCCGAGAAGCUUUCGCAGGCCAAGGUAAUGGUGUGCGUGGGCGAGACUGGCUCCGGCAAAACUACCCAGCUGACUCAGUACCUGCAUGAAGCCGGGUACACGGUGAAUGGCCAGAUCGGCUGCACCCAGCCCCGGCGCGUCGCGGCGGUGUCUGUGGCCAAGCGCGUGGCAGAUGAGAUGAAGUGUGAGCUGGGCACCAAGGUUGGAUACUCAAUCCGUUUCGAGGACUGCACCAGUGAGUCGACCAUCAUCAAGUACAUGACUGAUGGCGUGCUGUUGCGCGAGACCCUCUUCGAGCCCGACCUGGAUCGAUACUGCGCGGUGAUCAUGGACGAGGCCCACGAGCGAUCCUUGAACACGGACGUCCUCUUCGGAGUGCUGCGCUCUGUGGUGGGCCGCCGACACGAUUUCAAGCUGAUCAUCACCUCCGCCACGAUGGAUGCGGAGAAGUUCGCCAGGCCCUGUAGCUCCGCAGCUCUGGGCUUCUGA